AUGGCGGCAAGAGAGGUAGAAGAUAUUGUAAAACCGUCGGUUGCCGGUGAAGAAUUAGAAGAGGACGAUGAACACGAUUCGAAGGAGGUGUUUCUUCAGAGAUAUUUUCUACAAGAAUGGAAGCUCGUCAAGUCUAUUCUUCAUGACAUCGUUUCCAAUGGCCGAGUCGUAGAUCUCUCUUCCGUCCACAAGAUCCGAUCCAUUAUGGACAAAUAUCAGGAACAAGGACAACUGUUAGAACCAUACCUGGAGAGCAUAAUCUCUCCUCUGAUGCUUAUUGUUCGUUCUAAGACAAUUGAACUAGGCAUAGAGUCCAAGGAACUUCAUGAAAUAAUCAAGCCUUUAUGUAUUAUAAUUUAUUCUUUGGUCACAGUUUGUGGCUAUAAGGCUGUCAUCAGGUUCUUUCCUCAUCAAGUUUCUGAUCUAGAACCAGCAGUGUCACUUUUGGAAAAAUGCCAUGGCACAACUGCAGGAACAGCACUGCGGCAAGAAAGUACUGGUGAGAUGGAGACCAAAUGUGUGAUACUCUUGUGGCUAUCAAUACUUGUCUUGGUUCCUUUUGAUAUAUCAUCUGUGGAUACAAGUAUCACGAAUGGUCAUCCUCUUGGUGCCAAUGAACCACCCCCCUUGGUGGCUAGGAUAUUAGAGAUCUCAAAGGAACACCUUUCCAGUGCGGGUCCCAUGCAAACCAUAGCUGGAUUGCUGCUUUCAAAGCUUCUAACACGUCCAGAUAUGUUGCCUGCUUUUACCAGCUUUAUUGAAUGGACUCAUGAAGUCCUGUCUUCUGCCACAGAAGAUGUAAUACAUCAUUUCAGAUUACUUGGUGCAGUAGAAACCCUUGCUGCUAUUUUCAAGACUGGAAGCCGGAAAGCAUUACUUGAUAUUGUUCCUGUUGUUUGGAAUGACACCUCAGUCUUGAUCAAGUCUACCCCUGCAGCCCGUAGUCCCUUACUUCGCAAAUAUUUGAUAAAGCUAACACAACGAAUGGGGCUUACUUGUCUACCUCAUCGCGCAACUACCUGGCGCUAUGUGGGUAAACACAGCACACUUGGAGAGAAUAUAUCACAAAGCGCAUCACGAACUGAUCCAUGCAGUCAUGUAUCAAAUUCUGGCUCAUCCAAUUCAGACCAUGGCUCCUUCCUCCAAGAGGAAGAGAUGGAUGUUCCUGAUAUUAUUGAAGAGAUCAUCGAGUUACUAUUGUCUGGAUUGAAAGAUACGGAUACUGUUGUUCGUUGGUCUGCUGCAAAAGGUAUUGGACGAAUAACUUCACGACUCACAUAUACCUUGGCAGAGGAAGUCCUUUUGUCUGUACUAGAACUGUUUUCACCUGGUGAGGGUGAUGGAUCAUGGCAUGGUGGAUGCUUAGCAUUGGCAGAGCUGGCACGUAGAGGGUUGCUCUUACCUGUUAGCCUUCCUAAAGUUGUACCUGUUGUUGUAAAGGCACUUCAUUAUGACGUACGAAGAGGUCCCCAUAGUGUUGGAUCUCAUAUUCGUGAUGCUGCUGCUUACGUUUGCUGGGCAUUUGGUCGUGCAUAUAAUCACACUGACAUGAAGAGCAUACUGGAUCAACUUGCGCCACACCUUUUAAUAAUUGCCUGUUAUGACCGUGAGGUUAAUUGUAGAAGAGCAGCUGCAGCUGCUUUUCAGGAAAAUGUUGGGAGACAAGGAAAUUAUCCUCAUGGAAUAGACAUUGUGAAUACAGCUGAUUAUUUUGCACUUUCUUCGCGAGUAAAUGCUUACCUUCAUGUUGCUGUCACCAUAGCGCAAUAUGAUGGCUACCUCUAUCCGUUCAUGGAUGAACUUCUAUCUAACAAGAUUUGUCACUGGGAAAAAGGAUUGAGAGAACUUGCCUCAAAGGCUUUAUCCACUCUUGUGAAAUAUGAUCCGGAGUAUUCUGCGAAUUUUGUGCUUGAGAAAUUAAUCCCAUGUACUCUCGCAUCUGAUUUAUGCAUGCGCCAUGGUGCAGUAUUGGCAGUUGGUGAGCUUGUAUUAGCUUUAAAUAAGUACGGUUAUGCUCUUCCAAAAGAUAAGCAGAAAGUUGUUGCUGGUGUAGUCCCUGCUAUUGAAAAAGCGAGAUUGUAUCGUGGAAAAGGUGGAGAGAUAAUGCGUGCUGCAGUUUCCCGGUUCAUUGAGUGCAUAUCUAUUGUAAACAUUACUUUGACAGAAAGAAUAAAGAGGAGUCUGCUUGAUACUCUUAACGAGAACUUGAGACAUCCUAAUGGUCAAAUACAGAAUGCUGCCAAUCAAGGAUUCAAACAUUUUGUUUCAACAUAUUUUGCAAAGACGGAUGAUAAAGGGACUUAUGAUAUUACCCUAAAGUACCUGGAGCAGCUGACUGAUGCGAAUGUAGCUGUUAGAAGAGGAUCUGCAUUGGCAAUAGGAGUUUUGCCUUUUGAGUUUCUUGCUACAAGGUGGAAGAUGGUGCUUCAAAAACUUUGCAGGUCUUGUGCAAUCGAGGAUAACCCAGAAGAUAGGGAUGCUGAAGCGAGGGUAAAUGCUGUUAAAGGACUUGUAUUGGUGUGUGAAACCUUAACUGCCACGAGAGAUUGUUCUGCCUUACAACCAGAUGAGAAAAUAUCUCUUUUUGUUAUGAUAAAAACCGAGGUGAUGCAGAGUUUGUUCAAUGCUUUGGAAGAUUACUCUGUCGAUAACAGAGGUGAUGUGGGCUCUUGGGUUCGCACAGCCGCCAUGGAUGGCCUUGAGAAAUGUACAUAUAUCUUAUGCAAGAGAGAUCAAUUAGUCGGAAAUGAAUCUGUGGCAGAGGAUUAUCAAAAGCAGUCACUCUUUGAUGCUAAUAUUGCAACCAACUUAGUUGGAGGCAUUGUGAAACAAGCGGUAGAAAAGAUGGACAGGUUAAGAGAAGUGGCUGCAAAAGUUCUACAAAGGAUUUUAUACACUGAAGCUGUUUUCGUUCCUCUAAUACCUUAUAGGGAAACACUAGCGAAAAUUGUUCCCAAGGAAGCUGAAUUGAAGUUGGUGGUUCCCAGUUUUUCUUUCCCUCGCUUUGUGCAGUUGCUUCAGUUUAGUUGUUACAGUAAAUAUGUUAUGUCGGGAUUAGUCAUUUCCAUCGGUGGAUUAGAAGAUUCUUUGAAAAAGGUUGCACUUGGUGCUUUGUUAGAGUAUCUUCAAGCUAUUAAAGUUAUAGAUGAGAGUGAAAUGAACGCCAGAGAAGUCAGUUUAUCUAAUGACAUCCUUUGGGUUCUCCAAAAGUACAAAAGACGCGAUAGAGUCAUAAUUCCCACCUUAAAGACUAUAGAGAUUCUCUUCAGCAAAAGGAUCUUCUUACACAUGGAGGCUGAGACUCAAGUAUUUUGUGCGGGUGUUUUGGAGUCUUUGACUACCGAGUUGAAAGGAACAAAGGACUUCUCCAAGUUAUAUGCUGGAAUUGCAAUACUCGGAUACAUUGCUUCAAUUUUGGAGCCAAUCAAUAUCCAGGCUUUCUCUCAUCUUCUCUCUUUUCUUACCCAUCGAUAUCCCAAGAUUCGAAAAGCGUGUGCUGAACAAGUUUAUCUGGUUCUUAUCCAAAACGGGGACCUUGUGGCCGAGGAAAAUCUAGAGAACGCUCUUGAAAUAGUGUCCGAAUGUUGCUGGGAAGGUGACAUGGAGGAAGCGAAACACCAAAAGUUGAAAUUAUGUGGUUUAGCCAAUUUAGAUGCAGAACAACUUCUAAUGCAUCGCUCACAGAUAUCAGGUAAAGCAUCGGAGCGGAAACCUAGAGCUGAUGAUGAAAACGAAUCAUACUCGUCGUUAGUAGGAUCCGCUGGAUUUUGAAAUCGUUAUAGAUCUUUGUUUGUGCACAUUCGAUUCUCGUUUUGUAGUUAUUUUUGCCGAAUGAAUAGAUAUGAUAGGUAUUUUGUGGAUUGAAUCGGGUUGAGUUGACCCAAACAUUCCCUUGUAAGAAAUAAUGUAUGAACUUAGACAUAUCUAAACAAAAGGCCUUUGGCCUAGCGGUAUCU